CGCGAAAGAAACCAGGGAAAUCCGCCAAAAGCACUCCGAUAAAGUCGAUAUUCUCUGAAGCUACUCCAAUGAAGUGCAAAUAUCCACCAGAUGCCAUUAUAAUCCUCAAUGACUCAGAUGAGGACUCGCAUCCAGGUGAAGGUCAAGAGGUCCUGCCUCAGAAAGCCUCCACUUCUCGCAACUUCUCACACAUCAACAAGAAAAACCUCCGAAACCUGUCCACAACCCCCAAAUCCUCUCCCUCCCAACCUCCCAAAUACUGCAUUUCUCUGGACGAUUCUUCCGAGGAUGACUCUCCGCCGACGUUUACCCCCUCGAAGUCCUUACAAAAACCCAAAACCCCAUCACCAAAACGUGCCUUGAAUUUCACUUCCUGUCAGAGUCCCAUAAAGCGUAAAAAAAUCAACGAAAUAAUGACCCACGAGAUGGCUAAAGAGAAUAGCUUCCAUCAAUACGCCUUGACGACGACAACCAGUAUAAUGGAGAGCUUAGAAGUAUCCGAAAUCAUCACCCUGGAGUCCAAGAAACAGUUGAGCUUCGCAGGAAAAUCACAAAGCGUGAUAAAAGAGGAACUGCUGCUUUCCGAGGACGAAUGGGACCCUGACGAAGUGGAUAGCAAUGUCGAUUCACUUUUACUGUCACCGAAGGCCUAUUUGAAGGUUUUACGCCCAGAAAUUAUAAACAGGAAUUUUCAACAGGAAACAAACAAUUUUCAACAGAAAUCUCAAGGAACUGAUCAAAGGGUUAGAAAGGCUGAGAAGCUUCAAAGGAUAGUGGAAAGUGCAGAAAAUAUCGUGGUUGGGAUGGGAAUGUCCGGGAUGACUCCGAAAGAAAUGGCGUCGCCAGAGAUCUUGGUCGACCUAGAGAUGAUCGGGUAUCCUAGGACGCCCAAGAAGUCCAGCAAUAAUGAGGGGUGCGGUUCGCCACGGGAUGACGUCCAGAGUCCAUUGAGGAACAUGGAGACUCCCUUGAAGAGAUCCCCAUCAACAUUCUCCCCGACCCAAAGGUCUCCCACCAUGAGACGCUAUCGACCGAAGAAAAUAUUCAAAGAUAAUACGAAUUUCGAAACUGUCGUAGAUAAUCUUAAUUUAGCCAAGCAGGGAGCCAUAACCGCAAAUAAGCUUGACCUCCAGGAGAUUUAUGAAAAAGGAAAUUUCAAGAUUCAGUGGGAGAGAAUAGACACUAGUACUGCAAAGCAAUAUGAUAUUCAGGACGUUGUCCAACCUAAGAAUUGGCACUCUGAGAGACUAUUGGAGAUGAUUAUCUGGGUGUUUUCAGAACCUGUCAAUUGUGGGUAUUUCGACGAGGAGGAGAGAGACAUGAUCUUCAAGGUGAUGAGCAUGAGCCAAGAGGAACAGGUGCUUUUGGCGAUCAUGCUCAAGAGGGAGGUCAAGUGGUUCCGAGUGAGGAAACAGAAAUAUGAGCAUCACUUCGGGGAGAAUAUGGAGAAAUACUACUUGGAAUUGACCAAAAAAGGGUUCUUCGAUAAUGAUUGGGAAAAAGUGGACAUAGAAUUGAUUUUCAAGCUUCUGCAAGUCGACGAGCUGAAAGACCUUUGCAAGCUCAUGAAGAUGAACUCUAAUGUAGUGAAACCGAAAAUGAUAGCCUCCUUAAAACAGCUCUUGCGUCAAAAAACUAGUCAUUUUAACACGACAUCACCACAUGAGGCCCUCAAAACGCGUUUAUUAUACGUUGCUGGUCCAAUCCUGAAACUCUCGGAGAAAUUUGUCUUCCUAAUCCACCGAAUCCUCACUCUCUAUUAUCCAAAUCAUGACCCAGAGGAAAAGCUAAGUGACGUUUUCCACAAGCUCUCCGAGGUCCACUUUGGAAACAAGACCUUCCCCUCGACUCCAAUAAUUCGUUUUCCACUAUUCAAAAGUAGACAAUCACUGAGUGACUACACAGAAGCUAAACUCGUCUGGAUGAAGAUCACUCAAGUCAUGAAAGAGACCAAUAAAGGCCCUUCGCAUUGGGAGGCAGUCAGAGAUCAUGGAAAAACAGCUUACAAAAAAUUGAAAGAAAUAAUGAACAAAAUUGUGAAAUCACCAGAAGACUCAACCUCGGAAGGUCGAAAAUCAAAAAAAAUUCCCUCUCAUAUUGCUCGCUUCACCUCCACGUAUGUCUGGUCCAAAAUCCUGAUCCUCAGCUUCGAGGCCUUCAAAAGGCUAAAAUAUGACGGUUGCCUCCUUGUUAAAUCCUAUAUAGAAUUUCUUUUGAACAAUCGUGCAGAUAUUCUGAUAAACUGCGGCAAGCUCUACAAAGAAUUAACGCUGAUUGAGAUGAGCCACUUAAAGGACCUCGAACGAUCAGCGGAAAUGACUCUAGAGGCAUUCUCAGUGACUUCCUCCAUUAUUGAUCAGGCCGAGAUGAUUGAAAGAGCAAAAAAGCUGUCGAGCAGAGUCAACGGGAUAUCCCCCAUCACGAAAAACAAGCUGAAGGAUGUGUUGGAUCAGAAGGAGGAGGAGUUCGUGUGCAUUCCAAAAGAAGUGGAGAUCGAGGUAACCAAAGUGGACAGGGCAGGCUGUGGCGGAAAGAGUAUGUGGCAACUCAAUAUCGGAGAUGAGGAGAAAGGAUAUGGAAACGUUGAAACUGUGGCUAUGAGUCAUUAUGCCACCGUUGGAUAUCCGAAGGGAAUCCAUUGCGAGGGAGCCCUUCCCGUCACACUCUUUGCCUGUCUGUUCUGGAGAGAAAUCUACGAACUUUCAGUUCCUGGUGCAUUCGUCUCGUUGUUUCAGGAUGCACCGUUGGACCUCUUUGGUUCGAGUUUCUUUGAAAAUCGGAGGGAAGCAUUAUCAAAGAAGGUUGAGAAUUUAGAAAAGCUUCAGAACUUUAGUUCCGUCCUGGAGGAAAUGACUAUUAUUUAUCGAGAUCUCUCUGGGCUUCAGUCUAUCAUGUGUUCUAUAGUGGACGAUCCUGAAUUGUUUCACGAGAUAAUCACGUGCUUGGGGAAGAAUGGAGUCCUGGGGAUCUGCAAGAGAAUGGUCCUAGGGGGAUAUGUAAACUGGAGGUCGGGAUUUCCUGAUUUGUUUGUGUGGAACGAGAAGAGCAUGAAGUGUAAAGUCGUGGAGGUCAAGGGACCUGGGGACAGCCUCUCGGUUAAACAGAAACUGUGGAUCAAGUACUUGCAGGAGAUAGGGGUCAAGGUCGAGGUCUGUCUUGUUAAGGCUAAACAAAUGUAUUGAUAAAUUCAUUUGGAUCGUUUCAGCGUUUGUUCUUUUUACGAUUUUGCGUUUAUAUGGCGCAUUUUUCUUUUUGUUUUUUAUUCAUUAAGAGCAGUAUGCCAUAUGUGUUUGAUCAUUA